AAGUAUAUUUGGCAACUUCGGCAAGUUUGUUUAUAUUUAAACGCAAUAACCUUAAGCAUGAAAUAACAAAACUGUUAAAUCAGAAUUAGAAUUCCUUUGUAUCUGCUGGAAGUCGAUUUAACAACUUAAUUUAAAAGAUUCCCACAAAAUGCCUGCAUACGAAUUAUCUCUCCUGCUAAAAAAUUUACCGAAACAAGAUCUUGCGGCUGCCUUAAAAAGAGUUGGAACUCUUCUCCUUGACCAUGGAGUGGUACUGCAAAAUUUACAAAAUCUGGGAACAAAAAAUCUGCCAUACAGAAUUAAAAAAGAUGAAGUAUAUCACUAUAAAGGAAGCUAUUUUGUGUACAAAUUCAUUGGUUCACCAACCAUUUUUGCUGAGAUAAAAGAAGUAUGCAGCCGCGAUACUGACAUUCUCAAACAUGGAUUUGUUGAUGUUUAUAAAGAAGAUCCUAAAAAUUGUACUUUAGAAGAAGAAUUAUUGCCACCUGCUCUUCGCCCUAGUGUCCAGAAAUUAUUGGAAGAAAGCAAAAGACAUAAGGGAGUAUCAAAACCAUUUUAUAAACAUCUUAAAACAUGGAAUUACUUUGACAUAUAUAUGUGAAGAACUUUAUAGAAAAUGUAAUCAGUUCUAUUGUAGAAUAAAAUGUAUUUUCUGGUUUUCA